AUGAUUGCCAAAUCAAGGACGGAGGAGGAACACCUAGUCAAUUUGCGGAAGUUGUUUGGGCGACUGCGUAAAUACAGGUUAAGGUUGAAUCCGGCAAAGUGUACACUCGGGGUAAAAUCCGGAAAAUUGCUUGGCAUUUUCGUUAGCCAGAAAGGAAUAGAGGUGCAUCCAGACAAGGUAAAAGAAAUCCUUGAGAUGCUCGAGCCACAUAUUGAGAAGCAGAAAAAGGGAACGAGAUAUCUACUACUUGAGCAAGAAGUUCACAGCAUGCGAGAUGAACUACUUAUUGCUAGAGAGGACAUGUUGUGCCUUGGCGUGGGUAGCUCACCGUUUGAGGCAGUAUAUGUUGAGUUAUACACUACUUGGUUGGUAUCCAAAAUGGAUCCUGUCAAGUACAUCUUCGAAAAGCCCGCUCUCACUGGGAGGAUAGCUCGAUGGCUGGUUCUGUUGUCAGAAUUUGAUAUCGUCUACGUCACUCAGAAGACAAUAAAAGGAAGCACCUUGGUAGAUUAUCUAGCUCAACAACCCAUAAAUGAUUAUCAGCCUAUGCAUUCAGAAUUCCCUAAUGAGGAUAUUAUGGCCUUGUUUGAAGAGGGGGUUGAAGAUGAGGAUAUGGAUAAGUGGGUUUUGUGGUUUGAUGGUGCGUCUAAUGCGCUAGGUCAUGGGAUUGGGGCAGUGUUGGUUUUGCCGGACAAGCAAUAUAUACCUUUCACGGCUAGGUUGUGUUUCGACUGCACAAACAAUAUAGCAGACUACGAGGCAUGUGCCCUAGGGAUCCGAGCGGCGAUCGACUUUAGGGUUAAGUUGCUCAAAGUAUACGAGGACUCAGCAUUGGUGACUCAUCAUUUGAAAGGUGAAUGGGAGACCAGAGACCACAAGUUAGUACCUUACCAGGCUUACAUCAGGAAAUUGAUGGAACUCUUUGUUGACAUAUCAUUUCGUCACAUUCCUAGAGAGGAAAACCAGAUGGUCGACGCCCUUGCCACUUUAUCAUCCAUGUUCAAAGUGAGCCCUCACGGAGAUUUGCCAUACAUCGAAUUCAGAUGUCGUGUUGAUCCUACACAUUUUUGUUUGAUAGAAGAUGAGGAGGAUGGUAAACCUUGGUACUUCGAUAUCAAACGAUACAUAAAGAAUAAGGAAUACCUACCUGAGGCCUCUGACAAUGACAAGAGGACAUUACGGAGGUUGGCAGCCAAUUUCCUCCUGAGUGGGAAUAUCUUGUACAAAAGAAACCAUGACAUGGUGUUGCUUCGAUGUGUGGAUGCAAAAGAGGCCGAAAAAAUGCUAGUAGAGGUGCAUGAGGGAUCCUUUGGUACACAUGCCAAUGGACAUGCCAUGGCCCGAAAGAUUUUGAGGGCAAGGUAUUACUGGCUCACUAUAGAGAAUGAUUGUUGCGUUCAUGUGAGGAAAUGCCAUAAAUGCUUGACCUUCACUGAUAAUGUUAAUGCUCCACCUAUACCAUUGAACAUGUUGACAACACCAUGGCCAUUCUCAAUGUGGGGCAUAGACGUGAUCGGGGCCAUCGAACCCAAGGCUUCAAACGGGCAUCGCUUAAUUUUAGUCGCCAUUGAUUACUUCACCAAAUGGGUGGAAGCAGCUUCAUAUGCUAGUGUAACUAGGAAUGUGGUGAUUAAAUUCAUUAAGAAGGAGAUAAUUUGCAGAUGUGGGCCCAAGAUGAAUGGAGCAGUUGAGGCUGCCAAUAAGAACAUCAAGAAGAUCGUUCAGAAGAUGACUGUAUCAUACAAGGAUUGGCACAAGAUGCUCCCCUUCGCACUGCAUGGGUAUCAUACUUUUAUACGCACAUCUAUUGGGGCAACCCCGUUCUCUUUGGUGUACGAGAUGGAAGUUGUGCUCCCGUUUGAGGUGGAGAUUCCUUCUUUAAGAAUCCUAGCAGAAUCGAGAUUGGAAGAAGCAGAGUGGGCCCAAGCACGCUUUGACCAAUUAAAUCUUAUUGAGGGUAAGAGAUUGGCUGCCAUGGGCGACUAUGUCAGAGCAGAGUGA